AUGGAAAGACUACACCGUCUUCUCCAAUCUGACCCUCUCAACAAAAUCCCCGCCAAAAGUCUGGGGAAUGUCCGUUUUCUAACAUUCAAUAUCAAUGGCUCAAAGACCUUGUUCAAAUACCACCCUUGGAAUGCUCUCCAAAACAGUUAUGAUGACUUCCUACUGUGUUUGGACGCGGACAUAGUAUCACUUCAGGAGCUCAAGGUGCAGCUGGAUGCCCUCACCCAGCUUGGUUUACUCAAAAAAUAUACCUGCUUCGUAUCUGUUCCGAAAUCGAAGAAAGGCUACAGUGGUGUUGCUCUCUACGUGAGAAAACCUACUGAUCAAGAUUCAAAUAGACUUAGGCAGUUUUUGACGGUUGUCAAGGCCGAAGAAGGUGUCACUGGAAGACUUCCAAGUGGCAAUUCCCUGAAAACUCCAUAUUUCUUGCUACCGCCUCAGCAAUCCAUCGGUGGAUACCUUGAGGAUGCGGAUCUCCAAGAGUUGGCUAUUGACGAAGAAUACAUGCAAUCGCUUGAUAGUGAAGGGCGUUGUGUGGUGGUAGAGCUAGCCAACAACGUGGUUGUAUUCUCCUUAUAUUGUCCGGCUAACUCCAUGGGCACAGAGGAUGGAGAAAUGUUCCGGCUCCUGUUUCUUGAGGUACUACUACGAAGAUGUCGGAACCUUAAGCAAAUGGGGAAGGAGGUGGUGAUAAUGGGCGACAUCAACGUGAGCAUGGACCUAAUUGAUAAUGCAGAGGGCAUAAAUGUCCGCAUCAAACAGAAGAAGGUUAUUAACAAUCUCUCUGAGGGGCCUGCUGCGUUUGAACUGACCAACUCAACUGAAUGUUUAGAAUUUCGAACAAGUGCCCCACAGAGGCUAUUACUUAAUGCUUAUACCUACCCGACGUUGCAAGGAGCUCCUACUGUGCCUACCCAAUUUCUCUACGAUACGACUCGAGUGGUUCAAAAACGACGUAUGGCCAUAUACUCGGUGUGGAACACCAUGACGAAUGCCCGACAGUCCAACUACGGGUCUCGAAUUGACUUGAUUCUUGUGAGUUGUCCGCAAAUGGCUCAGAAUCUCGUCAAAUCCGAUAUUCUUCCCUACUUGCAUGGUUCGGAUCAUUGUCCAGUAUUUACAGAUAUUGACACUGCCUACCAGGAAGAAGCAGACAUUCCACUAGCUGUGAAAUUGCCUUUUGAGGCUAGAACAUUCUAUAAGCUAGUUGUACAUCGGGACAUCUCGUCAAUGUUUGGAGCUUGGAAGAAGGAGGAGAAAGCUGAGAGAGCUUUGGACAAUCCGGAGAUUAGAAAUCUGGACAUAGAGAUGUUGGAGCUGAAGACGUCUGAUCUCGACAAUUUUGAUCUGAAACUGCUGGAGGAACCCAAAAGUAUCCUGGGCACUCCCGAACCAAGGGCCAAGGCAGAAAUAAAACGAAGAAAAUUGGAAUACUCCAGCCGCAAGAAGACCGAUUCACAGCAGCUGAUCAAGAACUUCUUUUUCAAGGAUGGUGAUAAUUCCACUUCAAAAAAGACAGAUGAGCCUCCUCCCAAACCCACUAACGCCGUCAAACUACAUUCCAUCAGUGGUUUUGCAUCCAUGGUCUACAAUGAUCCACCCACAUGUCGACACGGAGAACCUUGUUGUCUUAAAACAAGUCUUACCAAAGAAAGCAAGGGCAAGAAGUUUUGGUGUUGUGCAAGAACAUCGAAAGGUAAUUCGGAAACACUUGGAGAACACCGUUGUGAGUUCUUUGAAUGGGCUAGAGUUAAUAGAGCGAAAUAA